AUGACGUCGACAACCGAGUCUCCUUUCCUCGACAUGCUCCCGCCUGAGCUUCGACUGCACAUUUACGACUACCUCCUCGUUGCAGACGAACCUUUGAGAGGUAUCAGCGCCAGACGAACCACAAAGCACGGGCUGGACACGAAGAUCUUCCGAGUCAAUAAGCGAAUCUACGCGGAAGCCAGGAGUGUCUUCUUCGGCAAGAAUACCUUCUACAUCACUUCGAUGCCGAGCCAGUUCGGCGAUGAUGUAGAAGGAUCGGGCGCAUUCGAACCACCACUACAAGUCAAGGAUCUCCCCUUAAUACGGCACCUGACAAUUGAUCCGUUAUACUACCCUAAGAAGUUGAUGACAGAGCCGGGCGUUGGCGGUGGGAAGCCCAUCUGUCCUGCUGCGGAACGGUAUGUCAUGAACUUGACGCAUCUGCUCGCUUUCGUCAAGUCGACCCUGCUGAGUCUAAGCUUCAAGGCUGACACGCGCCCAUAUGCGAGCUUCAGCGAUGAAGUGUAUGGCGCGUUUUCCCCAGACGAUGAGAGCUCAGAGGAAGAAUCAUUGGAUGUGAGGAAGAUGUUGACAGGGUUCCAUGUCAUCGAGGGCAACAGGCGUUUCACAAAGGCCAUGUCUGAGCUCACUGCAGUGAGGAGCAUACCGGUUGCGUUUUCGUUCCCGGAGUCGGACUUCAACUUCAACGUCGAGAAGAGCGAGCUGUGCAAAAGAGGACUGUUGUUCCUCGCAUGCCAAACGGUCUUUGCAAGAAGUGAGAUCAAGAUCAAAGCCAUGCUGGGAGGGCUCAGCGACGACGGUCUUGACGAAGUGGAGGAAGAGGAGGCAAAUGAGAGUGCUUAUAUGCAAGCUGAUGCAGAAGGAGGGCAGCGUCGACAGUCGGUCUGCAUAGUGCAGGGAGUGAGGCGCGUUGUGGAGUUAUUGAAGUGA